AUGUGCUCUCGUCAUUUUAAUGAUCAAGAUCUGUAUCCACCAUCCAAAAUAGACAAUAGAAGGUUACAAGUACCAGGAGCAGUUCCUAGUUUACUAUUAUCCUGUAAUAAAUACAAGUCUGCUGAGGUUGGAUAGUUUUUGAUUAUUCAUUAAUCCUAUUCAAUAGAAAAAUAAAUGUUAUAAAUUAUAUUGUUAUUUAUUGUUUACAGAAAUCUUCAAGUAAAAUACGCCAUAAAUUAUCCUUAAAAGCCAAAAUGUUGGAUAAUGAUAACAAACAACCAAAAAUAGUAAGCUGUAGCUCUACUAUGCCAUUUAAUCAUUUAGAUAUGAAUGAUUCUAGUAAGUGAAUUAUAUUUAAUAUCAUUGAACUAUUUUUAAGGAAAUUAUUAAAGUAAAAUUUUAAAUUUCAUAUCAUAUUUCAGAAAAAAUAUAUGCAAUAAAAGCUGUUUAGCUCUAUUAUUUUAAUUGCAUAGGAAAAUAUUUCAGUCUGUAUUCCAUUGUAUAGUAAUAACAAUAAAAUAAAUAAAAAUUUUAGUAAUCUUAAAAUAUUUUGUCUAUUACCUAUUUUAUCUUUAUUUGAAUUAACCACUAACUGCACUAUCAAUAUAAUAUAAAUUUACUAAUUAAAGUAGUAACUUUUAUUUUAUAUUCAGAACUUUCUCAUAAUAUGUAUUUCAUAUCUGUUUUAGGAACUAUAAAACUAUGUAAAAUCUACUAUGUUGAAAACUAUUUAAAUAACUGUGUGAACUUUAAAAUGCGUUUAAUUUAUAAAAACUUAAAUCUUAAUAGUUUUUUAUAGUACAUGUAAUAAAAAUUUUUUUUUUUUUUUUGAUUUAUGUUUAUUUCAUUCUAAAGUAAUAAUUUCAUUUAAACAAGAAACUAAUGAUAUAAAAGACGAGCCAUUAGAAGCCACUUUUGAACAAAAAAAAGGUUGGAGUGACCAGUUGCCAAUUCACAGAAAUAAUUGUCUUUCAGGUAAGUUAACAUAUAAAUCAAAAACUUUUAUGUAUUAUUUAUUAGACUUGUUGUGAUUUUAGUUAGAAGUAUGAAGAGAUUUUAUACUUUCACGUCUUAUAAAUGUAUUUCAUAUCUGUUUAUGAACUAUAUAUCUUUUCAAAAUCUAUUGUGUGGAAACCAUUUAAAUAAUUGUAUAAACUUUAAAAUAUGUUUAAUUUGUAAAAACUUAAUACUUAAUGGUUUUUUUAGUACAUAUUAUAAUGUUUUUUUUUUUUUUUAAAUGUUCAUUUCAUUCAAAAGAAAUAAUUUCAUUUAAACAAGAAACUAUUGAUAUAAAAGAUGAGCCAUCAGAAACCACUUUUGAACAAAAUGAAGGUUGGAGUGGCCAGUUGCCACAUCACACAAAUAAUUGUGUUUCAAGUAAGUUAACAUAUAAAUCAGAAAAUUAUAUGUUUUUUUUAUUAGUCUUGUGAUUUAGUUAGUAGUAUGGAGAGAUUUUAUGCUUUUAUGUCUUAUAAUUUUAUGUUUUUAAAUUAAAAUUGUUGUUUUAUAAGCACAUUAAUUCAAAUAUUAGUUUUAAUUCCUAUUUCUUAUCUGAUUCUAAUCUACCUAUCAGUCUUGUCUUAAAACAUUUGCUGACUCGUUUUAAUUUUUAGGGUGUAUACUAUAUAAAUUAUAUAAUGUGUACAUCAUCAUAUAUAUUUGGACUUCUAAUGUUUUAUGUAUCCCUGAUUUUUUUGAAGUGUGUUAAAUUUUCAUAAACCCCCAUGUAUACAUUUUUUAAGUUUAUAUAGUUUUUAUCUGUUCUACUAACUUUGUAAUAUUGGUAUUGAUUUAAGAGAUUUAUUGGUUUUAGUUAGUAUUUAAAUUAUUAUUUUGGCUUUUGAACAGAUUAAAGUGAAAUGUUUUAUCUUAUCUACAAUUUUAUGCAAGAUUUUUUUUCAUCUUGAAUUUUGCACUGUAGACAAAAUAUCCUCUUAUCUAAAUAUACAUAUCUUAAAACUAUUCAUUUCAACUAAAAUAAUCUAGUUAAUUAAUAAUUAUUAUUUGAGAUGUUGUUUUACCUGAAUUUCCUGAAACAGAAUUAAUGAAAUCUGAAUUUUCUGAAACGGUACCAGUGAAAUCAGAAUACACUGAUUUAUCUUAUAGUUGUCCAUUUUCAAAUAGUUUGAUAUGUAGCAGUAAUGAUAUUUAUCAUUUGCAUAAUGAAAUACAUAACUCAAGUAAUUUCUUUAAAAAUUACAACAUAUUGAAUGAUUUAAUCUUUAAAACUACUUAAUCAAAUAUUUUUUAUAAAUUUAAAAAUAUUUUGUUUUUGUUUUUUGUAUGUUUGAUUUAUGUGAAGCUGUGGAUAAUAAAUUUGAAAUUGUUGAUGGUACAGCUGAUGACUGUCCACCUAUAAAUUGUUUUUCAAAAGACAAAUCUUGUUCCCUAGUUAAGGAUAUAAAAAUAAAAUGCACUUUGUUGCAAGGUAUACAUAAAACUGAAUUAGAUCAAUGUAUUACUAGAUUAUUGAAGUGUAAAAUAUUAUUUGAUAUAGAUUGUGUCAAUAAUUAUUUUUAUUAAUAUUGCUAUAUUUUUAAAAAAAUACCAAAUGAAAAUUGUUGAAAUUUCAACCUUAAAAAUACAUUCAAUGAAAAUAUUAAUAAAUUGUCACCAACUUAUUUAAAAUGUAUAAAUAAUAUCUUUAGUAUUCUUGACCAUAUAAAUGUGUAUACCACCAAGUAAAUUAAUUAAAGAAAACUUAGCAUUUAUAAAUAUAAUUAUUCAUAUCUUGUAAAUAUAGUGCUAAAAAACACCUGAUCAAUUUUUCAAAAAGUUCCAUUAAGUUUUUAUUAUAAUAUUAUACAAAUUUCCAUAUUAUUGAUAAUUGAUGUUUCUCAACAAAUUUAACACAAAAUGGGUUUUAAUUUAGUUCUAUUAUUUGAAUUAACUUAGCAUAUAUCAUUAUUAUAUUAAAACUUUUGUGUUUGUUAUAGAAAAACACAAACAGAAGAUGUCUUAUUUUGCUGAUAUCAAAUCGUCAGACUUAAGUAUUCCCAUAAAAGCCAAAAGAAUUUUUCAUAAGACAAAACAGCAUAUGAAACAACAAAACAACAAGAUUAAAAGAUUUCGACAGAAGAUCCAAAAACUCAAUAAUCGUCUUAACCUUAUAAAAUAUGAAUUAGAGAAUUGUAAAACAUCCAAAUAA